UGCCAACUUCACACUGUGAGGGGAUGUCGCGGUGACGUCCGGCCUAAAAAAAAUCAAAAAGAAGAAGAAGAAGAAAGUAGAGGAAAAAUUCUAUUUUGUGAUUUUGGGUGUGAUUUUGUGUGAAAAUCAGUGUAAAAAUGUCACAAAAUAUUGCAUUGGAAUCGGUAAUUUGUGGUGUUGGACACGAAAUGGUGAAGAGUGAUGGUGAAAUUGGGGGUUUUGGGGAUAAAAGUGAAGCACCAUCGAGGGAUUCCAGUGGUCAGAGACUCCGUAGGGUUUUUUCCCUCUCCAAGCAGCGAAAGUCACUUCGGGUGGCCAUGAGGAAGAUACCCCUGAUUGGUGGACCUCAGGCCACGUCGGAUGAUGUGGAGGUUGGUGAUGAGAGGGAAACAUCUGGCGAGAGGCGUAAACUCUUCCGGACAUCAUCUGUGCGGAAGUUCAUCUCACGAAUUGCCCAGCAAAUCACAUCACUCAACAUCAGUGGGGUAAAACAAAAUCUGGGGGAUCGUGUGCCUCCCCUUGGGGGUUACCAGUGGCCUCCGGAUCAGACACCGGGUGUGACUGGUUUAAAAAACCAUGGAAAUACAUGCUUCAUGAAUGCCGUUCUUCAAUGUCUUAGCCAUACAGAUCUGCUGGCUGAGUAUUUUGUGUUGGAUCAGUACAAGGUGGAUCUAAAACGGCGCAACAAGAUAAAUUCGCGGAAAUUCGGCACAAAAGGGGAACUCACGGAACAAUUGGCUCUCAUCCUGAAAGCCCUCUGGACCUGUCGAUACAGCCCAGAUUACAGUACCAGCUUUAAGGCGGCCGUAGAUAGGCAUGGAUCACAAUUUCGAAGUUCCACACAGCACGAUGCCCAAGAGUUUCUCUUCUGGCUUCUGGACAAGGUGCACGAGGACCUCAACACAGCCACAAAACGGAAAUACAAGGCUAUUAAGAACACAUAUGGGCGUCCGGAUGAGAUAAUUGCCGCCGAGACGCUUGCCAAUCACAUUCGCUGCAACAAUUCCUUCGUACAGGCCGUCUUCCAGGCCCAAUUUCGUUCAUCUCUCACGUGUCCGCGGUGCCAAAAGCAGAGCAAUACCUUUGAUCCCUUUCACUGUAUUUCGGUGCAAUUGCCACAGAUUGCCCAGCAGAAUGUCAUUGUGACUGUCCUGUAUGCCACGCAGCAUCCGCGUCAGGUGAAAUUGGGUCUGGGCGUACCACCUGGGUCACCUUUUGUGACACUCCGGGAACAAUUGCACCUGGACACUGGUAUCCCGGCGGAUCGGAUGGUGUUGAUGGAAAUCAAUGAUCAGGGUUUUUCACGAGUGUUCAGUGAUUCAGAUCCCAUUUCUGUUGUGGCUGAUAGUGAUCAGGUGUACUGUAUUGAGACACCUGAGGUGACAGGGGACGAGGCCAGUGUGUUGCUCUGUGUAGUGAAUGUGACCAGGAGGGAUGGGGAAAAGGAGGAAGGACAGAGAUUUGGGGCACCAAUGUGUGUUCGGGUGAAACGAGAUAUCACCCAUGGGGAACUUCAGAGGGCUCUGAUUAGGGAAUUAUCGCCAAUUUUGAAGAGUGACAGUGUUGAGGGUGUGUUUAGGAUACGUCUCCAGGAUCCCCUUGUGGAUCCAGACACCUACCUCGAACCCACCAUUGAGCAUCCACUCUUCACUGAAAACAUCGAUGUGAUGUUGUCCGUCGUUCCACCGGACACGGGUCCGGCAAAUGUGAGGCUGUUGCUGGAAUGGGAAAAUCCCGAAGAGCAUUUCAGUGACAUGACGGAUCCCAUUGUAGAGCAUGCCAGUGUGGCACAGAUGAAGGAGAAGACAUCGGAAUGUGCAAUGUUGACACUGGAACAGUGUCUGGAUCAUUAUACAAAGGCUGAAACUCUGAGUGCCGAAGAUGCCUGGCGUUGUCCACAUUGUCAGAAAUAUUUGCCAGUGGUGAAGACACUGGGACUAUGGUCUCUGCCUGAUAUUCUUGUGAUUCACUUCAAGAGAUUCCGCCAGCAACAGUUGAGAGAACCCCAAGCAGCCAAACUCACAACAAUGGUCAAGUUCCCACUGAAUGGCUUCGAUAUGUCGCCCCAUUUGGCAAGAUCGCCCACCGAAGGUGCUCCAGGGGAUCCCGGGACCAAUGAUGGAGACAACUGGAGCCCCUGGAAACUGAUGAAGCGCCGCGAUCAGACCUUUAUGUCCAAUGGUCAUCACAAAGACACCAAAUAUGAUUUGUAUGCUGUCUGUUACCACCAAGGAGAUACUCUUGAGACUGGCCACUAUACAGCUGCCUGUAGGAAUCCCUACGAUCAGCAGUGGUAUAAGUUUGACGAUCAGAAUGUGGCCAAAGUGAAUUCGGAGGCCAUCGAAGAGGAGAUUAUUAACAACGAGGCUUACAUUUUGUUCUAUCAAAGACGGAAAAUUGAUGUGGGAGAGUGUUCGGGAGGUAGUUCAUCUUCGGGGGAUCAUUGGGUGUCAAGGAUAACAGCCACAACAGCCCCAUCGGCCACAGUUGUGGAUGAAACCACCAAAAUUGGCGAGAAAUCGGCCACAACUGAGACGAAGAAAAAUAUUCCUGAAGUUGAUUUGAAAGAGGAACCAUCUUCCAAUGAAGGAGCAGGAGCAGGAGAAAAGGUUAAAAGCACCGAAGAGAGUACAGUUGUUGUAACAGAGGCUGAGGUGACUGAAGUUGCUGAGGAAGUAGAAGAAGCUGAAAUUGUUCAGGAAGAAACAAAAGUCGCAGAAGAAAGUCCACUUGAGGAAGAAAAAGAGCCUUCUGUGAAAGACGAAGAGAGUCUAACGAGAGAAGAUUCAACGGAUAGUCUCGGUGCCCUUGAAGAAGACUCAAAAAUGUCUGAAGUGGAACAGGAAGAGGAGAGAUUCUUCAAUUCUGUGCCCGAAGCACGAAUUAACUGGCUCAAAGCCUUUGAUGACAACUUCGAUAAUCGGCGGCAGAGUCUGAGUUCGGCUGGAUUCAAAUGUGAUUCCCUGCGAAGGAGUACAGGACCUUGUAGCAAAGACACACUCCUUUACAUUGAUCAGCAAAGCCACCCAGCACUCGAUGAUGAUGACUCCACCAUUCUAUCCACCUCUCAUUCGCUUUGGAUCACUCCAGUAGCGUCCCAUAAGCUCAUCAGUGUCUCGCCGAAAAACUAAAAUCUAGAAACACUAAGUGUUUUUUUUUCUAAAAAAAAAAAGAGAAAGCUAUGUUUUUUGGAAUAUUGCAACUUUUCUGCAUUAACUAAGGACAAUUUAAGAAGGAGUUUGUAGUUGAUAAUCUCACGUGGGUAUUAUUUUGAAGAAAUAUACAGUAGAUGUUGCAGUGAGAAAGCAUGAUUUGCACAGUAAUUUUAUUCUAGUGGAGUUUAAAACAAAUUUGAAUAUAUUGAAAAGAAGAAGAAAAAAAGUAUAUUUUGUAAAUAUUACCAUUUUAAAUUUAUUAACAUAUUUAAAAGAAAAUAAAUUGUUACUUCAAAAA